AUGGACUCCAACGGACAGGAGAGGCUCCGCUACCUGGAGCAUCUCGUAACUGUCUUGCGUCGCCAGCUUGCGGAGCGAGGCGGAAGUUCGGAAGAUUCCUCGGCGUCCUCCGCCAAAGCAGCAGGAGCCAAGCCGCCGACUGAUACUAAGCUGCCAGAGACGCCCGGAGAUUUGAGCGGCGUCACGAACCUUACAGACCAACUGAAGACCGCUGAUGCCGAGGAGGAUGAUGGCGAGUACCCGGUCGACUCGCUGGUCACCGCAUCGGGGCCAAUCCUUCUCUCGGGCUCGUGGCAAUCGGCCACCGUGAGUGAAAUGGUUGAAUAUUACAUGCCGCCACGGGGCGUAACCGACCGCCUGAUUGCGCGAUUCUUUCAAGGAAAAGAGCCAGCCUGGCUCAUGUUCCAUGUCCCAACUUUCAUGAAGCAGCCCAUGCACGUGUGUGAUUUGUACCGCGUGUACUCGGCGCAAUGUCUGGCCUUGGACGACGUUACCAAGCCUGGAAAGUACAAGGUGGAAGCCCUCAUCCUUUACUUUGGUAUCGAGUAUCUACGACUGAGCGAUGCCUCACGUGGAACCUCGAUCCUCAUGACCAUGACGGUCCGCUUGGCCAUGCACAUGGGUCUCCAUAGGGACCCAAACCACUAUAGCAACCUCUCCAUCUACGAGACGGAGAUGCGUCGCCGUCUCUGGACGCUGCUUAUGGAGAUUGACCUCCUUGUGGCGUUCCAGUUUGGUCUUCCGGCCAAUGUGCAGCCACGGUACUUUGAUACUGGCCUCCCUCGUAACUUCUUGGACGAAGACUUUGACGAGACGACAACAGUUGUGCCGCAGGAGCGCCCGCAAACAGAGCGAACCCCGGCACUGUACACAAUCGUUAAGUCGCGGCUCGUGGCAGCGUUUGCGGAUAUCUUGUCGACGGUCACAUCCCGUGACCAGCCGACGUACGGUGAGGUGCUCCGGCUCGAUAAGAAGCUGGAGAAGGCGCACGACGAUAUUCCCCCUCUCCUUCGGAUGCGGACUUUUAGCCUAUCAAUCCCGGACCCGGUAGACCUCAUCAUGCAGCGACUCUGGAUCGAGCUCAUGUACCAAAAGGCGCGUAUCGUCCUGCACCGUCGAUACUUCACCGUGGCGCGGUCCGACAACCGCUACAGGUACAGCCACUUUGCAUGCAUUGAUGCUGCGACGCUGAUCCUGCAGCACCAGUUCGACAUUCACAACGAGAUGGUCCCCGGCGGCCGGCUUUCCAAGGAGCGCUGGUUCCUGUCGAGCCUGAGCACGCACGACUUCUUGCUGGCCAACAUGAUGCUGUGUCUGGAACUUUCGCACCUGCUGCGGAAACGGGAUGGGGACUUUGACACGACGCCGGAGCCCAUCGACAAGGAGAGGCUGCUCAACAUCAUCAGCACCUCGCGCACGAUUUGGCAGGCUCGGUGCGACGAGAGCGCCGAGGCGACGCGCGCCUUCAAGAUCUUGUCGAGGAUGUUGACCAUCUCCACGGGUGUGCAGUACGAUGGUGCGCCCGAGUCGAGCCCCAUGGCGGAAAUCAGUCCCGCGCAGAGGCCAUCCUACCAAUUUGCCCAAGCACUCUCAUCAGCCGUACAUGCACGAGCAGCCGCCGAUGGCUCCGUGGCCGAUGGCGCAAGUGCCCCGGCGAUGGCGCCGGGAAUUUGGCAGGAGCAGCCCGUCCCUAUUCCCAUGGCCGAAUCGAUGGGAGAUGCGGUUCCCGGAAUGGAUUGGUCCAACUGGGAUUCCCAAAUUCUCAACGCCCCGGCGGAAUCCAUGGAGAUUCCGUGGACCAACUUCUUCCGUCCCUCUUAG